UUGAAAGUAGAGAGCGAAAAAAUAUGAAUGCCUUGUUAUAAAUAGAUGCCACGAGUAGCCGAAAAAGAAAAGAAAAAUUAAAGCAAAAUCAAAUUAGAGCAGACUAGAUAUAGACCAAAAAAAAGAGUGAUAUAUACAAAGACUGGACAGAAUGGAGCAGCAGCAGGCACAUCAAAGCCAAAGACAUAGACGACGACGUCAUCAACGUGAACAAACCCCAGUGAGCAAUGUGGAUGAAGUGGAUCAUAGUAUACGACCCGAUCCAGAUCCCUCACCUCAGAUGAUACGCAUGCAGAUACGUCCACCGGGCACUUUGACCGCUCAUGAAAGUAAAAUCCUGAGGAAACGUGACAAAACUUUUGCCACCUCAUCAGCUCGUAGUCAAUCCCAGCCACGUGAGGCUGAGAAACUAAGCAGUCCGGACGCCCAUCAUUUGAUUAAACAUCGCAGUUUAUCGUCACCACGUCAUAAAGAUGAGUCGAGUGAAAGUGAAUUGACCACAGGCAGUAGUUAUGGCCCAACGAAUCAGACUCAGAACCUUAGGGAUCCUUUGAAUCGUCUGGAACAGAAUCUACAACGUUUCGAGGACGAACGACGACGUUUCGAGAAUGAGAAACGUUUGUUUGAGCGAGAGAAACGGGAUCAUAAGAUGCGUCAUCGCCAGCAAUUGGAUCAUGAGGAACGCAAACGUUUGCUACAAAACUAUCGCAAAUUAAGUGAUCGCAUACAAUUGCCUCAGGAUGAUGAGGAACGUCGUCGUCUGGUGCACAGUUUGCGUCUGCAUCGUCAUGAGGCACCCAAAGUCCGUCAACGGAAUCGUAAUAGUGGCGGCUAUGAUGAAUCCUCGACACAAUUUAGCUCUUCCGAUGCGGAUACCAAUGAGGAAUAUCAUACAAGACGUUAUGUAGCAGCUCCCAUACGUGGUGCUCCUCCACCACCACCAACAGCAGCAGCAGCACCAGCACCGCCACCACAAGUUACUACCAAAACACCCGAACGUAGUUCAGUGAGUCGUAAUAAUUCCUUAUCCCCGGUUCGUCCACAACGACGCUCCAAGACGCCAGAACAACGUGCCCAGCAGCAGCAACCUCAACAACCAAUUAGUCGUAAGCAGGAAUACGUAGAGAUUGGCGAAACAAAAGAAUCCACGCCACAACCACGUUUCAACGAGGCCCAACAGAGGCAGGAACUAAUGCUCAAGUAUAUGGAGGCAGCCGAAAGAGCAGCCAAGGCAGAGGCAGCUCUAGCAGCUCAGAAUCUCAACAUGGAAGGUCUUCGGCGUAGUAAUAGUCUACGUCUCGCCGAGAUGGAAAAGUCCAACAAAUCCGUGGAAACGAAACGUAGUUCUAGUCUAGAGCGACCCGUAAAACCCAAAAGAGCUAGCAGCUUGGAAAGACCUGUAGUCGAGGCGAAAAAGGAACUUGAAACGACAGCGACCUCCACUGAAAAUCAAAUCCCAACCGAAAAACUUUCUGAAGAAACCAAAGAAGAGGAUUCCCCCACAUCAAUCACUGAAGUUGCUCCAAAAGCAUCCUUUUUCCACCGUUUACGACAGCUUUUCAAGACCAAGCCAAAGGUGGUUAGGGCUCCUUCGCCCACACUCAACGAAGUGCUCGAGACUGAACCAAAAAAAUUGCUAUCGAGAAUAUUUUUCUAUCAAUUGCGUUUGGAGGCACGUCAUGAAUGGCGUCGCUUGAAAUUGGAUUAUCCAAAAAGAAUGGAGGAGAUGCGUAAUCAACGUAAUAAAUGCAUUGGUCAUUGCAUUUGUUUGGCCUUAAUUUUGGGUUUCGGUGGUCUAAUGUUUCGCUAUACCGAGGGCAUGUCCGAGAAUAUCUAUAAAUGUGAAGUGCGCAAAGUGAAACGUGAUUUCAUUGAUAAUCUCUGGGAUGUUAGUCAUAAUAUGAGAGAGGAUGACUGGAAAUCAUUGGCGCGUCAGAAAUUGCGUAAAUUUGAGGACGAACUCAAUACAUUGGCCGAGUUGGGUUUGAGAAGAUUUCCUGGACAAAAGUCAUGGAAUUUUGUUAAUUGUUUUAUCUACUGUUGGACUGUAAUCACCACCAUAGGUUACGGUCACAUAACACCCAAGACAGAUCUCGGCAGAUCCUUAACUGUUAUCUAUGCCAUCAUUGGUAUUCCGAUGUUUUUAAUUGUUUUGGCCGAUUUGGGUAAACUUUUUACACGCAGCGUAAAGUUCCUAUGGGCCUAUGUAAGACGUGUUUAUUAUACAAGAUCCUGUCGUAGGAUAAGAAAACAACAACAAAUACGAGAUGCUAUGACAGGAUUCAAUACGGUCUAUGACAUGGCUAUAAGAAGACCAAGCAUGUUCUUUGGCAAAACUGAAGAAGACAUCACAGAUGUGGAAUCCCAGCAUGAUGCCAAUAAAUCCUUGGGUACUUCCCAUCCAGAGACACCAACUUCCCCCUAUCCAGAGACAUUUGAAGUCGAUGAUGAAUUCAAUUUGCCAGUUUCGGUGGCUUCACUCCUGCUCAUCUCAUACAUCCUUCUGGGCACAGUGGGUUAUACAUUAGUUGAACCCGAUUGGACCUAUCUGGAUGCCUUCUACUAUGUGUUUAUAUCAAUGUCCACCAUUGGCUUUGGUGAUCUAGUGCCGAGUAAUCCCUUCUAUGUCAUGGUUAGCAUGAUCUAUUUGAUCUUUGGCCUGGCUCUAACUUCUAUGUUCAUUAAUGUGGUUCAAAUUAAGUUGAGUGAUCACUUUAAACGAGCCAGUGCCAAAGUUGGAGCCACCAUUGGCAUGAAUAUGGCCAGUGAAUAUGGUGAUGAGAAUGGUUCUCAAAUAAAAACACCAUCAGAGAUGGCUUCAGUUCAUGGCUCACGUCUGGGACGCAUCGAAGAGGAUGGGCAAGAGUCCACACCGACCGCAGCACCUCCACCACCUUUAACAUCUAUUUUAAGAACUCCCCGUCCAUUAUCUCCAGCUGAUACGAAUGGUGGUGGUCUACAGGAUUCAAGUCCUCCACCCUUACUACCCCGACGUACACCCGAUCCUCCUGUAGAAGAAGAAAACACUAAGAAAAAGAAGAAACAUCGUUUCUUCUAGGUGCAGAGAGAGUCCUUCAAACCUGAGUUAUAUAGAUUAUGUGUAUCUUAGCCUAAGGCAAUUUCAUAAAUGACAACAGACAUUUUUCAAAACUAUCGAAUUUACGACUUAAUAUUAAGCAAAGAAUUCUAAACAAAAAGGUUAAUCAAAAAGUUUAAUUUCCCCUUAUCUAAUGCAAAGUGAAUGUAGAAAAUGUUUACAUUUAAGUAAAAAGCUGACAAAAAAUAUUUAAAAUUAAGAAAUUAAAAACUGUGGAUGUUAUAGAGACGUUAAAAGUUGGAAAAAUUAAAAGU